CACGAAAGCAUAUUGUGAAGCGCAAUACCACAUUCGAAAACAAGGACCCGAAUCUCAAUGUCGCCAACACGAUCGCCUUGAACGCCCACUUCCACCACGCAUCCCGCUCCGUACAUAAUCGAUGACCACAGUGCCUGCAGGGCAGCAUGCCAGCCAUGACAGUGGAAUUCAGAGACUCCAGACGAACGAACCACCUGAGAUGAAGCCGCAUUUGCCUGGGGUCUGUCCGACAGACACGGAAACGCUGAUACCGCGACAAGCACCACGCCAGCAGCGUGAGAUCCCCAAGCAGAGUUGGGAGUAUGUCGUACGCUCCGGUGUUGCGGGUGGCCUCGCGGCCUGCGCGGCGAAGACCGUGGUUGCACCGCUCGACCGUGUCAAGAUCCUCUUCCAGGCCAAUAACCCCAAAUUUGAAAAGUACAUUGGGUCGUGGAGUGGCGCUGCAAAGGCGAUCCGAGACAUACACGCUUCGAGCGGAGUGGGAGGUCUCUUUCGUGGACACUCGGCUACGUUGCUUCGCAUCUUUCCAUAUGGCGGGAUCAAGUUCCUGGCAUAUGAACAGGUCCGCGCCGUGGUAAUACCCACCAAAGAGCACGAAACACCAUAUCGACGGUUUGCAGCGGGAAGUCUGGCAGGUAUAUGCUCCGUGUUCAGCACGUACCCGCUCGAGGUGAUAAGAGUACGGCUGGCCUGGGAGACUAAGUCGAGCAAGAGAGUCACAGUACGAGAGAUAUGCAAGAAGAUAUAUCUAGAAAGGCCGCCAGAGCCCAUUGCUACAAAUACUGCCGCGAUGUCCAAAUCUCUGGGAGCGACAGUUGACGCUACACAAGCCGCUAUCAGGACUGUUACCCCAGGAAGUGGGUUGGGCAACUUCUUUCGAGGGUUUACGCCAACGUUGUGGGGCAUGGUACCAUAUGCAGGAGCGUCCUUCCUCACGCAUGACGCAGCUGGAGAUUUCAUGCGUCUUCCUGCUCUUGCCGAAUAUACGAUACUACCGAUUUCCGAGCGAUCACAGAAACAAUUGGCGCCAGGAAAGCCACCUCCGCUCCGAGCAUGGGCUGAGCUGACCACUGGUGCAGUGGCAGGCUUCGUCAGCCAGACGGUGUCAUAUCCGCUCGAGGUGAUCAGGCGAAGGAUGCAGGUCGGAGGCGUUGUUGGCGAUGGGCACCGAUUGACAAUGAUCGAAGUCGCACGCAGCAUACAGGCUGACAAGGGCAUCAAAGGCUUCUUCGUUGGCCUGGGGAUUGGUUACGUCAAAGUGAUUCCCAUGGUCGCGACAAGUUUUUACGUUUACGAGAGGAUGAAAACGUACUUUGGCAUAUAAGCGAGAGCAAGACCCAAGAGGGCAUGACUUGAAGGCAUUCAUUGUACAUAUGACAAUGGGAUCUGCAAAAUGGACAACGGUAUAGAAGGCAAAGGCUCCGUCUGCAUGAGCCCAACCCAAGCAUCAUUUACGAGCGCAGGCGUUCCGAAAGGGAUAGACGAAACACACAUGGGUAGCCGAGGCGUUUUGAAGAGCCACAACAGUACAGUGCGCAAUUUACGUGAGAAUCAAC